AUGGACGCUGGUUUGAUUAAUGGUGUCCUAUUUUUGGACCUUAAAAAGGCCUUUGACACGGCAAACCAUAAGAUUCUAUUAUCCAAAUUGGGAUGUUAUGGAAUUCGUGGAUUAGCACUGUCAUGGUUUCAAUCAUAUCUUAGUAACAGGAAACAAAUUUGCAAAGUAAAUAACUCGCUAUCAACCUUCCAAAAUAUUACAUGCGGAAUCCCACAAGGAUCUAACCUUGGGCCACUUCUGUUUACAAUUUAUAUAAAUGAUCUGCCAAAUAGUUUAGAAAUAACUGAACCCGCCAUGUUUGCUGAUGAUACAAGCUUAACUGCAACUGGUGAGUCUUCUUUUGAAAUUGAAUACAAAUUGGGGGUGGAAAUCCAAAACGUUAAGACUUGGUUAGAUGCAAACAAAUUAACAUUAAAUGAAGAAAAAACCGAGUAUAUGCUAAUCGGCUCAGGAAAGCGCUUAAAACAGAUCAGAAAUGACCCUAUUAGUAAAAUUAGAGAUCAUAUAAUCAAACGGGUUUACAAGAAAAAGGUCUUAGGCUUAGAAAUAGACGAUAAAUUACAAUGGACAAAACAUGUUGAAAAACAAACUAAAAAGAUUUCUUGUUCUAUAGCUAUGUUACGAAAA